UGUCAUCAUGGAGUUACUUGGUGGUAUACGGUGAUAUCCGUUUCUCGCCGGAAGUGGAUGGGAUGGCUCAUCAGCCAACAGCAUCAUCGGUGUUUGUAGCGUCGUCAAAUGACUAGAUGGAUGAUUGAGAUGCUCCAUUGGUUUCAUGUACGGAGUUAUCCAUUCGAACCCAGUGGGCGAUCCACUUGCUGCGAUGGCUGCAUGCCACGUCGAACAGGAGACUCCGUCCCCAGCCACCGGGACCACCCGAUUGACCUGCCCAUCAAUACUGUUGCUAGUGCUACUUUGGGAGUGAACAAAGACUCCCUGACAAAUUCUAAGAGCUCAAACGUUGAACGUCACCGGCGCAAGGGCCACCAGCUUCCAUCUGAAUUUCCGGGUCUCCAGGGAGCCCCUCUCCCUGUGGCUACGGGCAUCUACAGCUGGGUCUACUACUGACAGGUAUUCUACUCGAUACUAGUGAUCCGAUCAGAGGACCAUUUAGGAUCAUCAAAGUCUGUAAGGGAAGACAAAGGGGGGG